UUGGGAAUGGAGGAGGAUUGUGCGACACCGAAGCGGCGAGAGUGCCGGAUACCGGAGGCGAAUAUGUGUCCGCCGCCUCCGAGGAAGAAGGCGGUUGGGGAAACGAAGCGGGAGCCGCCGAAGAAUGGGUAUUUCCAGCCGCCUGACCUUGAUACUCUGUUUGCUCUGCCUCCGAGAACUCAAGUGUGUAUAUGGGUGAGGGUGAGGGUGAUGAUGAAACCAAUGUUCAAGAAAUCUUAUACAAGGCUCGUUCAUCUUCUAAACUGCAAAUUUGGUUCUAUUUGCCUAUCAAUUUGAGUUGUUGAAAGUUUGAUAAUUCUCCAAAUUGCAAAAGCACCUGCAAUUCGUGAAGAAG